AUGAUCACUAAUCAUCAAACAGUAGGUCGUAGUCUUUUGCCAAAUAAUGAACGUGAACGUGAUGCUCUUCUCAAUAUUCGUCAACUAGAGAAACGACUACGGCAAGUAACACGUGAAGUUGAUACACCUUUUGUUUCCCGUCAUAAUGAAUAUAGUGAUGUGUAUAGUGAACUUGUUGAUGAAAAAAAUUCAUAUGAACAAGCAUUUAAUGCUGAAAAACGUCGAAUUCAACAACAUUUGCAACGUAUUAGUCAAAGUGUUCGUUCAUUUUCAAAAGACGUUCGUCAUUUAAAACCUGAUUUAACCAUGGUUAAUAAAAUUCGUAAUUCAAUCGAAGAAAUCGAACAAACAAUUUAUGCAUCUAAAGAAGCGUCUCGAUUAAAAUAUGAAGAACUUAUUGGUGAAGAACGUUUACUAUCGAAUGAAGUACAAGCAUUAAAUGAUAAAAUUGAAUUAUGGUCUAAGCAACGACCUGGUCAACAACGAAGUGAUUCAGUUCCACCAUCAGGAUCGGCACGUAAAUUUGAUACAUCCAAUUCAAAUCUUUUGCCUGAAAUUAUUGAAUAUGAUCGUUUUCUACUUGAACAUGGUGGAACAACAGGAAAUUGGGAUGAAUAUGAUCAUGGAACAUUUCUACGAAUUCGAAAUAAAUAUAAGGGUGAAGAUAAAUUUAUUGAUGAUUGUAUUGGUUUUUUACCAACUAAAACUCGAGAUCAAAUUCAAGAACAUGAAAAAUGGUAUCGACAAUUUUUAAGUAUUAGUAACAAACGUCGUCUAGCAUUAAAAAAAUGGCGAGAAGAAAGAAAUCAAGCUAAAGAAACAAUUUUACAUGAAGCUGAACAAGCACAUAAUACUCUUAAAGAAAUUGAUGAAACUAUUCAUCAAGUACAAGUUAAAGAACAAGAACGAAUACGAGCUGAAAAAUCAGCAUUAAUAGCUGCUUGGAAACAAGAACGUGAAUUAAAAAAACGAGAAAUUGAAGAAGAACAAGAACGAAUUGAAAAGAAAAAACAACAUGAUGAAGCAAAACGAUAUACUGGAAAAGAUGAACAAAGACAAUUAGUUGAACAAAUUCGUCGUGAACGUGAAGAAACUGAACGAAUUGAACAAGAACAAGAAGCAAAACAACGACGUCUUCAACAAGAAAUUAGACAACGAACAGCUACAGUUGCUAUUCGUAAAUUUCGUGAAAGAGAUAUGAACAAUUUAGAAGAUAAACUUAUACGUGAUAAAUUACAAAAGCAAGAAGAAGAAACUCGACAACAACGUCUCGAAGCAACUAAAUAUCAAGUAUCUAUUGAUUAUGAUCCUCAACAUUUAUAUGAACCAACACAAGCAUGGACAUCACGUAGUAAAACUCCUCGAGAAGUAUCUAAAGAUACGUCUGCUCCACCAAGUAUUUUACAUGUGCCUCAUCGAGCAACACCCAGUUGGCGUCAAUAA